GAGAGCCAAUAGAGUCCUGAAAGAUCAACUAGCCAAGUACAUUGCAGACCAAGGUGGAGACUGGGAUAGCCAUUUACACCAACUUCAAUUGGCAUAUAACUCUAGUGUACAUUCUACCACUGGGUUAUCACCCUACUUCAUAAUGCAUGGACGAGAGGCUAGGACUCCAGCCAACGUCAACUUCCCAACGCCAGCAGCUACCUCACAUCCUACUUCGACUCCAGAAGGUUACACAGAUUCACUGAAUAAACGUCUGUCUACAGCCUUUAGAUUUGUGAAGGAGCAUACAAGGAAAGCACAGGUAGCCCAACAGGAACAUUAUGACAAGAGAAAUAGGACUAUCACUUAUUCCACAGGUGAUCUGGUUUGGUUACAUGAUCCGGUGAACGUGCGGAACAAGCUAGAGCCGAAUUGGAAGGGACCAUAUAAAGUUCUAUCAUCAUGUACUGAGGGACUGAACUACAAGAUUUCUAGGAACGGAGAUGUAAAGAUUGUACACCACAAUCGUUUGAAGCCUUUUAGGUCAAGGAUGGGAACUCCUACUUCCUCCUUCGGUAAACCUACUUCCUCCUUCAGUACACCUACUCCCUCCUCCAAUACACCUACUCCCUCCUUCAAUAUACCAUUUUCCUCCCUUAACAGGUCUACAUCCUCCUUCAAUAGGCCUGCAGACUCUUUUGAUAUUUGGUGGCAACCACAAAUACCACCAAUUCCACCCCGCCAGGCAGACGAGGGUCAACUACCAAUUCCACCCCGCCAGGCAGAUGAGGGUCGACUACCAAUUCCACCCCACCAGGUGGACCAGGGGCACUUACCAAUGCCAGCCCCCCAGGUGAACCAGGGGCAAUUACCAAUGCCAGCCCCCCAGGCAGCCGAGAGGUACCCGAUACCCAUCCCCUUCCCCCAAGAGGAUGGAGAACAACUACCAAUGCCAGCCCCCCAGGUAGACGAUGGAGACCUGAUACCCAUCCCCUUCCCCCAAGAGGAUGGAGAACAACUGCCAAUGCUGCCAUGUCAGGCAAAUGUUGAGCAACCUCCACGACGAUCGCGAAGUGGACGUUUAUUAAUACCACCUAGGAGAUUAAAGGAAUAUGAUACUUCGUGAGUAAAACAUUAAUCAUUUGGAAGCGUAUUUGACUCAUCAUCUUAAAGAAAACUGAGAUAUAUGGAUAGUCUUGUGAUUAAUAUUGGAACUAAAGGACAACUACUGUAUACAGAUAACUUCAUUUCGCUGGAUAUUACAACGUGACUGACAUAGUAUGCUGGAUUAACAGAGAUUGAACUUUAAUAUGCAUACAAUGAAUGGAAUACGUGAACUUAUUUAUCCACACAUGACCAAACAGAUGCAUGAACUCAGUUUUAAGUGUAUCAAGACAUACCAUUGGAUGCAUGAACUCAGUUGAAAUGCAUGCAUUAUAAAAUUUUGUUUGCUUUAUUAUUGUUUAUUCAUAAUGGUCAUGGUCAUUCGUCAUGUGCUAGAUGAAUCACAUAUUUCGUUAUAUGAAAGAACUCCAACGAGUCAGAGAUUGAUGACCGUCAGACUUUAAAUUUUGUUUCAUACAUCCUUCAAGUUUGAACUCUGGAUCACAUCUUUUUGGAAAUAUUUGUCUUCGCUUCGAGGAAGUCUUUAAGUUUGAACUCAGGAUCAUAUCUUUUUGGAAAUAUUUGUUUUCGCUUUGAGGAUUACAGUCAAAUACAAGGAAUUUUAACUCUGGAACAUCAAACUUCGAGAAUUUGAAGGAUUCAGCCACGAUAGGUAAUACAAUUAUACAGUGAUAGCCACAACGUUCAGGCAGAAUAAUCCUGAGGCUAUCUACUGCUGGUCUGUACCCUCGCUCUACAGAUCAGAUAGUUUUU